UUUUAUCUUCCCAAUUGCAGUAGCCUUUUUCGAUUUCUUUUGUCUCAUAUUUAGAUAAUAAAAACUGGUUGCCAAAUUGAGAGUGGUAUCGAACUUGAGAUCUGUUAACAUGAGAUGAUUCCCGACGGAAAAUGUUUGCAAUAUUUUCUUGUCGUCAAGAAAAACCUUGAAUAGUUUUUAAAUAUUCUCUAUGAUCGAAAAGAUUGAGCAGUUCUACCUACUUCUAAUUGAAAGGAUUAAUUAUGAGUUAAAGCAAUAUAAAUUCACUAGAUGUAUUGGCAAGCGCAAAUUUAUGAAAUAAAUUAAGUUUAUUCAGAAAAUCUUCCAUGUCGUCAGUUAAUAAUUAUUAUCAUUGGAGUAGAAAAAUAGUUACUUGCUCGGAACAUUCUGUGCUACUUUACUUGCACAUCAACCGGCUCUUCAUCUUAUUGAGUCUGUCUCUUAAGUUAUAGUAAGUCAAACGAUACAAAGCUCCGAUUCGCCUUCUUAUGAUGUAAGUUUUUUAAUGCUUCAUGUUACGCUUUGAAUCGGCUAAUAAGUAGUAAAGCACAAUCUACUUGCGUCAAAUCAUCUCAAUCCAAAUUGUUAGUUACUUUCUAUGGUUGCAAUGCUGACUUCGCUGCUUUUUAAAUCGUCAUGGUUAGUUUUUAAAAGCCACUGGAUUGCCAAAAACUGCGCCAACUUAGUGACGUAUUUAUCUAUUGCCGCGGCAGCUCUAAAUUAACUUCGUUAGCUGAUAUUAUUUAAUCACUGAGAUUUUAAGUUGUCUGGUUUCUGAACGAAUGUAUUCAUAUCAACUUCCGAUCAUCUUUUGCUGUUUGCUUUUUGCCGCCAACGCCCUAGUCACAAAUAUAGUGAACCUCGACAACACCGCUUCAUAUCCUGAAAACACAGCUGGCGUGAUUUUUGAGGCAUUCGGGGAUGCAGCUUCGACGGGAGCCUGGACUGUUACGCCGGCAGCUGCACCUGUAGGGGCUGUUUGCAAUGCAGUGACAGACACAACAGCGGGCACUUGUCAAGCUACCCAGGCCUCUUGCAAAAUUCAGUUCGACACUACAACUGCAGACUUUGAAACAAAUCCAAUCGAGUAUUGCACACUUACAGUAGACGCUGUCACAGGGACCCUCCAAAUUGACAUUACAGACCUGGAUGAUGAGACACCGGAAACCCUGUGCAACGAGACGACGGUCACGGUGGACGAAAAUGACGAGUCCCAUCAGGGGACGUUCAUUUCCCACUGUACGAGUACUUCUACUCUGAAUUUUGCCAUCCAGUUUUCGAUGAGUGUCGAUCCGGUGUGGGCUGCAGCUAAAUUCGAGAUUGAUCAAGCUACUGGAGUGGUGACGUGGGCGAGUGGUGCCCUAAACAAUAACUUCGAGAACCAGGCCUCCUACACUUUGUCUGUGGCAGCCUACACCAGUGGCAGGACAGACCCUACUCCACUGGACAUCACAGUCACUGUCAAUAACAUCAACGAGGCACCAGUCAUCACUAAUCUCCCACAAGUGGUGUAUGUGGAAGAAGACUUUCCGCGCUACUCCACCUCAGUGAUAGUGGACAUCAGUCUGGUGUUGCUGAAUGUGAGUGACGAUGACAACUCGGACCCUGGAAUUGACCAGGCCCACACUGGCAUAGUCACCCAGUCUUCGUGCAACGGAACCACCGACUACUUCCAAUUCAUUGCCAGUAGUGGGAACGACGUCCUCCAGCUCGACUCCGACUCCACGAAUGCCAUCUUCGCGAACCCACUCUGGGCACGCUAUGCAAUGAGUUCAUACUCAACAUAGUCGUGCAAGA